AUGGUCGCAGCGUCGUUCGUGAUGUCGUCGCUUUCCCUGAACGAUGAAGACAAUGGGAAGCAAGUGCUUGAAAUAGGAUUGGGCGGUGGAAGCUUCAAUAUGGCACUACAUAAAAUAAAACCGGAUGUAACAAUUGUCAAUAUCACUGCUGUUGAAAUAGAUCCCGUAGUGGUGAGGAUGGCGUUCAAGUGGUUUGAAGUCGUCGAUUCUGAAACUCAUCACACAGUUGUGCAAGAUGGAGUGAGGUUUCUGGAGAACGCUAACACAGAAGGUGCUGAGUUCGUUUAA